AUGGCCCAAGAACCUACAGCUGAUGAGAUAGACGCGUGGAACGUAUCGUCUCAGCCAGAUGAUUCUACGACCACUGACACGGCGACUUCUACGAAAGGCGGCUUGUCGGGUCUCCUGGCGGCCGCCGACGAUACCAAAGAAACCCCUACAACGGACAUGAAGUCACCUCUCAGCGAGGAGGACUUCUCCGCGUGGGAAAUGCCUCAGAAUGCGGAUGCCACUUCUCCUCAGGACGCGACAACGAGCACGAACGCCCUAACCGAAAACGCGCCGACCUCCUUGGAUGCCGCUAUACUUGAUUCUCAGAAGCUGAAACAAACGACGGGAUCAGCUUCCGUAUAUGUGCCUACGUUGAUGAACAAGCCGAAGACUCCAGCUCAGGAGCUGAUCAAUGGUACCGAGUCAGCACAACCGGAACCAGCUCAGUCUUCGGCAACCCCUGUUGAAGCAGCCGUACAAUACAUCGAGACUGCGCAUGAGCUUUCUGGCCCAGCUUCAUCAGAAGAGCUGCCAGCCCAAGUUCAACUCGACGCGCAACAAGAGGAUAUCCCCAUGCAAGGCGACGAGACGGAUGAUAUCGAGGAGCGGAUCGCACAGCAACCUGUUUUACCUCAAGUAGAGGAGCUGCCAGUGGCGGAAACCACCCCAGCCACUACCAUGUCUGCCGAAGACACUUCAUCUCACGAGCAGCCAGGUGUCGGGUUUGCUUCUGCGCAUAUCGAACAAGCAUCAGAGGCCGAGCCAGAGGCGUUGCCCAUUGAUCCUGAGCAUAAGGAAUAUUCCAAAGAACCUGCCAUCGAAGAGGCCGUUCAGCCGAUCGACACGCAUACUCCUUUAGAGUUCGAGACAACUUCAACGCUGCCUAAAGUCAACGGGGAACCGACCACUGUAUUCGAGGCGGCUGGCCAGGAAUCUGGCAUAGAAUCCACAAUCGAAGAGCCUUUGCAGCCCACAGCGGCGCAAGAUUCUUGGGCCAUCGACUCAACCCCGACACAGCCCGAAGUGACUGAGCUAAAGGCUCCCUCAAUGGAUUUGACGCUUCAGGAUGAUCUGACAGAUCCUGUCAUUGAAGAGGCUGUACGGGAAGCGGCAGCUCAAGAUCCCUGGGCUAUCGAGCCGAGCCCGACACAGCCUGAGACUGUUGAGAAGCUGACCCCCCAACCUGAAAUCGCAGACCAUGACAAUCUCCAAGAAAGCUCAUUGGAAGAAUCCUCGAAGAUGAAUGUUCCUGAACAAUCGACUUCCCCAGAGCCUUUUGUGGAACCCAUGCAAGCCGCCCCAGAAGAGCAUGUGGCACCCACUGAAACACAGGAGAUCGACUUGGGGGGCCCCUCUGCACAGGCAGAGUUGAGCGCCUCGGUUGAUACCCAGGAGUCUCAAAGUCAGAAUGCCGUCCAAGAAGAUGACACAGAGCAAUCGGUUCUCAAUAUUUCGCCUGUGGAGGCAAAGGCCGACGUUGAUAAUUUGUGGAGCAAUGAACCAGCAGCCGAUGUUGACUCCGAUGGAGAUGACUUUUUCAACCAAUUGAAAACUCAAACCAAGCCUAUCUUUGCGCCACCAGAGUCUGAGUCUCGGUAUGAGGAAGGCGUCCCGUUGUUGGAUGAUACAUGCCCAACUUCUCCCCCGCUGGCCAUUCCUCAGAGGAAAUCUGUUGAAAACCCCUUCGGCGAUGAGGAUGAUGGAGCCGAUUUCUUCACUUCCAUACAAAACCCCCACGCGAGCAAGGAACUUCCAAUCCGUCACCUUACUCGCAAAAGUACGACACAAGUGGUGGAAUCAAUGGGAUUCGGUAUUGACUCUCCGACAAGCGAUAUCUCCGCAGCUGCUCAGCUUGAGGAAGUUUUGAAAUCUGCGGCUUCUGGCUCUGAGACACCACACGCGAUUGAAGAACCAGAAGAUUCUCAGCCCUCCCAGGCCCAACAAGAAGCCUCAGAGCCUACAGAAGAGGAAUUGGCAGCUCGAUGGGAGGCAGAACUUAGUGACGCUGGGGAGGACGAUCUUGCGGCACAAUGGGAGGCUGCGCUUGAUGAUGAUGACAUGCUGCUUGAAGAUGAUUCUGUCCCAGCGCAGCUUAAUGCCCAGAAUCCUAUCCAGCCUGCUUCUAAUGCUCCUUUGGGUGGCCUGAACAGCCCAUUCCAGACCCCACAGAGCUAUGUUCCGGCAAGGGCAACACCUGGUGUAUACGCACCGCAUCAACCAUCUACCGCGGAUUUAAUGGCCGGGGUCUCUAUGCCAGGAGUUGCUCCACCGGCAAAUGGAGUCAUUCCGCCUUAUUUCUCUCAGCAGCCGCAGAACCUUGUGGCUUCCCGGGGAGAGAGCUUUGCUGAGGCCUCAAAGCAAGGAUAUAAAUCCCCUUACGAUUUGCCAGAUGAUUUAUCUCGACCCCGGCGACCUUUGGCUACCUCUAAGCCGGCUCCCCCACCGGUAGCUAUGAUGCCACCGCCCCCUUCAUCAGCUAUGCCUCCUCCGGCACAGCCCGUGAAAGCUACAGUCGCGACUACAGCAGCUCCGCCGCCCGCCCCUAAGAACUUCUUCGAAGAACUUCCUUUGCCAGCACCCAGGUCGAGACCUGCCAGCUCCGGGCGAUAUACCCCUAAUCCCAGCUCGACAGGACCCACUCCUUCACAUAUGCCUCUGCCCCAAGUUCCAUAUGCAGUUGUUCCUGCUCCUGCUCUUGCUUCGGGGCCUGGGUCGGCUCCUAUCCCUGGGCCUGUUUCUCCUACUGCUGUGGCAGCUCCGCCUCUAGCAAGCAAUGGAGUUCCGGUACAGUCUGCCCUGCAGCCGCCUGAGCGUCUGGAACCGUCUGAGCGUCUGGAACCGUCUGAGCGUCUGGAACCUUAUGGAUCUAUAUUGGCGACGAGUGCACCUGCCGGACCCCCCGCUGCAUCUAGAUAUUCUCCGCAGCCGCCGGGUGCGCAAGGUCCCGGAAAGCCGCCUCAGUCAUCGCGUUAUUCGCCUGCGCCACCGCCGGCAGCCUCCUCUGCCCGUAAUCGCUAUACCUCCCAGCCUUUGUCUGUCCCUGGCCAAAACUUGCCGUUCCAGCCUCGGACAUCGAGCCCUCUUGCGUACCACGAAAAAGUCUCUUAUCAACCUGAAGAUACUCGGCAACAUCAACCACCUUCGCUGCAACCAUCAGUUGAUCUCUCCCCGCCCCGAGCUCAACGAGUGAGCAUCGAUCAGGGAUCGCCCUAUGCCCCUCAAAUUUCAACUGGACUUCAUGAUGCUAUGGGGCAACCAGUCGGCCCACCUGCUGCUCAGCGACAGACUCCUCCACCUGCCGGGAAUCGGUAUGCCCCUCAGGACUACAUCAACGAGUUUGCGAAGCGCGUAACACCGACCACGGCUCAUACUUCACCGGCCCCUCAGAUACCUGCUCCAGGCCCCCCUCAAGCUACCGACCCGCAGAUGCCCCCUCUUCGAUCCCAGACCCAGUCUCCAGGCCAGCACAUGAUAAGCCCACGAGCAUCUGUCCCUCCGAUUUCCACCCUUCCACGUCCGGCUUCGGUACAUGGCUCGAGCUCGCCCACCAAAACCUCGAACCCAUAUGCGCCGUCCCAGCCUUCUGUGCAAAGUCGUGCUCGGGCACUUUCUCAGCGCGGUCUCGGUUUCAUCACCCCUACUGACGGCCAGGAACAUGAUGUCCUUGAGCGGUGGAAAGGUGCUCCGAUCUUCAAGUUUGGCUUUGGUGGAGCUGUGCUGUCAUGCUUCCCCAAGCACAUCCCUCGUUAUUCUGCCGGUCAGACAGCCCCUAUGCUGAUGCCCAGUCCUGGCGAGAUCAAAACCGCCCCGCUCAACCAAUGGCUACCCGCAGCGGAAACCAUCGUUCAACACCCUGGGCCUCUCAAGACCAAGUCUAAGAAGAAGGAUCUAGUGUCCUGGCUGUCAAGCAAGAUCAUCGCAUUGGAAAAUGAGCCGACCCCCGACUUUGAUCUCUCCCAUCCCGAAUGCCAAAGGCGCCACGAAGAAAGGAUCCUGCUUUGGAAGGUCAUGAAGAUUCUGGUCGAGAACGAUGGCACCUUGGAAGGUUCACCUACUAUUGAAAAGUCUCUCCGCCAGGCUAUAUUCCCGCAACUUCCGGAAGUUGUACCUGAUGGUUCUUAUGCGAGUGGUUACCCCACAUCUGGUGUUCACCUUAACGCUCCUUCUCAUCCUGAUGCCGUUGACUCUGAAUCGGUUGAAAAGUUACGGAACAGUUUGUUGCAAGGAAAUAGAGAAGAGGCGGUCUGGGCCGCGGUCGACCGUCGUCUUUGGGGACAUGCGAUGAUUGUUGCAUCCACAAUGGACAAAUCUAUUUGGAAGCAGGUCGUCCAGGAGUUCAUCAGACGUGAAGUUAGGUCCUCUGGGGGCAACACCGAGUCACUGGCAGCGCUUUACGAGAUUUUCGCUGGCAAUAUCGAGGAGAGCAUCGAUGAACUCGUUCCUCCGUCUGCGAGGGCCGGUUAUCAAUUGAUUAGCAAGGCAGAUGGUCAGGGAACGACUAAGAAUGCGCUUGACGGUCUGAACAGUUGGAGAGAUACGCUCGGCUUGGUGUUGAGCAACCGUAGCUCUGAGGAUCAUCGAGCAUUGCUGGCUCUUGGCCGCCUUUUGGCAUCAUAUGGGCGCACCGAGGCUGCGCAUAUUUGCUUCAUCUUCUCUGGGGCUGCUGUCUUUGGUGGUGCUGAUGAUCCCCAGGCAAACAUCGUGCUCCUUGGCGUUGACAACCAACAGUUCCAUUCAGGUCUGCUCAGUGAAGAUGCUUUCCUCCUAACCGAGGUUUAUGAAUAUGCCGCUUCUGUUUUGGGCAACUCUCCCAUGGCCAAUCUGCCUUACCUGUUGGCCUUCAAGCUUCUGCACGCCAGGCAGCUGGCUGACCGAGGUCGCAUUUCUGAGGCGCAGAACUACUGCGAUGCCGUGGGGGUAUCUCUCAAAGCAACCACUCGGCCUUCCCCUUAUCACCACCAGCAUUUGUUCAUUGAAGCGGAUGAACUUUCUGCGCGUCUCCGUCAAACCACCACUGAUGGCGGUUCUUCGUGGAUUUCCAAGCCGAGCAUGGAGAAGGUAUCUGGAUCUAUGUGGGCUCGAUUCAACAACUUUGUCGCCGGUGAUGACGCCGACCCUGCAUCCGCCGGCGCACCAAAAGCGGGUGAGACUGCAGAAUUUGGUCCUUUCGCCAAUGUGGCAGGAACCCCAACUGUUAGCCGCUCUCCUUCCGUGUCUGAUCUGUAUGGCUCUUAUCCCGGACAUGGGGCACAGUCGGUUCCUCCCGGUGGUUCUUCCCGUUACAUGCCUUCGACCCAAUACGCUCCCAACGCGUCGCCUGAACAAUUCCGAGGCCGAUCAUCACUUGAUUCCCAGAGAUCUGCUUCAUACGGUGGGAUGCCGGUCGGGCAGCGUCGAAGCUCGGCGGAUUACCCAUCGCCCCCGGUUGACUCCCAUUCGUUCCAGGGUGGCCCCAUCUAUGGCUCGCCUGGUAACACUGGGUACCAACCUACUCCGCCUCAGACGUCUUACAUGCCUCUCGCCCCUGUCAAAGAGGAUGCGUCUCUCCACGCCCAGUCGCCGGCUGAAGCAGCCCCGUCAAUGCAGCCUCCUGUGAACGGCCUCUUCUAUCAACCUUCCGGACAGGAUGCUUCGCAGGCCGUCCAGUCACCCUAUUAUCAGGGACCGCCCGGUAUGCCCCAAUCGGACAGCCCGUACAUGGCGCAGUCUGAGAAUCCCUACAUGCCUCCGGCCACUGGCAAUGCUUAUGAUCCACCAUCGUAUACUCCGCAUUUCCCGCCCACGGAAGAGCCAGGGCAAUAUACGGAAGAGGAGGCGCCGCCCAGGAAGAAGUCAUUUAUGGACGAUGACGAGGACGAUCUGGCUACACGGUCCGCUGCCCUCAAAAAGACAGAGAAUGACCGUAGGGCCGAUGAGGCGUUCCGAAAGGCUGCUGAGGAAGAUGCCAAGAAAGACGCCCAGCAGCAGAAGAAGGGUUGGUUCGGUGGUUGGUUCGGAGGCCCUAAGAAGGAAACAGAGCACACUGGUGGUGGUCCUAUCAGAGCCAAGCUUGGCGAGGAGAAUUCAUUCUAUUACGAUAAGGAACUGAAAAAAUGGGUCAACAAGAAGGACCCUGGCAGCGCCGAACCUGCUCGUGCCACGCCUCCUCCUCCUCGAGGCUCUGCUCCUCCCAGUCGCGCCAGCUCUGGUAGCAUGCCUCCGCCUCCUCCUCCCGGACCCCCAAUGUCCGCUUCGGGUAGCCGCCCUCAAUCUUCCUCUAGCGACAUGCCCCCAUCUCUAUCAUCAAGCCCUGCGUUUUCCAAUCUUGGUGUUCCGCCACCAACCCUGGGCAGUUUGCCCCGAUCUGUCUCCACUGGCGCGACAGUUUCAGUGCCGCCUGGUGGAUCGUCCGCCCCUGGUCCGCCCCGACCUACAUCUUCUUUGACUCACGCUCAGUCUAUUGACGACCUUCUCGGUGCUCCCAUGGCACGGAAGGGUAACACUGUCCGCGGCAAGAAGAAGGGCCGUUACGUUGAUGUUAUGGCAAAGUGA